GGGUAGAGUUUUUGGUUUGGGAAGAGAGAGAACGGAAAGCGGAAGUAGUACAGCAAAAUCAGUUGUAAAAAAAGUAUUUUCUUGUCUUUGGUUUACUUUGUGAUGUCGUCGUCGAGUAACGAGUUCUAUCGUGUUUUGUAAAGUUUUAUCAAGAAAUUCCUGGACUUAUUUGGUGAACGUGAAAAACCUGUAGCUAUAUGCAUCUGAAAGUGACUUGUGUGAAAUUUAUUUAGUGUUGGAUUUGUGAUUAUAAGUUUCUAAUUUUAGUCAUCCCUAGCGGGAUUGUUUGGCAAAAUGAUGACCGAAAAUAGAAUUAGUUCAAGUAAUCACGUUGGAAAUAGUUUAAAUAAUCAGAAGGGAGACGUCGAUAAAACUAUUGAUGAAGUUGGCUGGAAAUCAAAAUUAAAAAUACCCCCAAAAGACAGAAGAAUAAAAACUAGUGAUGUGACAGAUACUAGAGGUAACGAGUUUGAAGAGUUUUGUCUAAAGCGUGAGCUGUUGAUGGGCAUUUUUGAAAAGGGCUGGGAGAAACCAUCUCCGAUUCAAGAGGCUUCUAUUCCCAUAGCACUUAGUGGUAAAGAUGUACUGGCACGAGCUAAAAAUGGAACCGGUAAAACUGGUGCUUAUUGUAUUCCAGUCUUAGAACAGGUGGAUCCGAAAAAAGAUGCUAUACAAGCUUUAAUUGUGGUACCAACCAGGGAGUUAGCGCUCCAGACAUCACAAAUUUGCAUUGAGUUGGCCAAGCACACAGACAUUCGAGUAAUGGUCACAACUGGAGGCACUAACCUCAGAGAUGACAUUAUGCGUAUCUACCAAAAUGUGCAAGUGAUAAUAGCUACACCGGGUAGGAUGAUUGAUCUCAUGGAUAAACAUGUUGCCAAGAUGGACCAGUGCAGGAUGCUGGUCCUUGAUGAGGCAGACAAGCUCCUAUCUCAAGACUUUAAGGGCAUGUUGGACAAAGUUAUUUCAAGAUUACCCAAAGAACGCCAAAUCUUGCUGUUUUCUGCUACUUUCCCACUCAGUGUCAAGCAGUUUAUGGAGAAACACUUGAGGGAGCCGUAUGAAAUCAAUCUAAUGGAGGAGUUAACAUUGAAAGGAGUCACGCAGUACUAUGCAUUUGUACAGGAGCGACAGAAGGUUCACUGUUUAAAUACCCUGUUUUCAAAGUUACAAAUAAACCAGUCUAUAAUUUUCUGCAAUUCUACUCAACGUGUGGAGUUACUGGCCAAGAAGAUAACGGAGUUAGGAUACUGCUGCUACUACAUACACGCGCGUAUGGUGCAGGCGCACCGUAACCGCGUGUUCCACGACUUCCGCGCUGGGCUGUGCCGCAACCUGGUGUGCUCGGACCUCUUCACGAGGGGUAUCGACGUGCAGGCAGUCAACGUCGUCAUCAAUUUCGAUUUCCCGCGCAUGGCAGAGACUUACCUCCAUCGCAUCGGCCGUUCUGGCCGGUUCGGUCACUUAGGUAUCGCGAUCAAUCUAAUCACGUACGAGGACCGGUUCGCACUGCACCGCAUCGAGCAGGAGCUGGGCACGGAGAUCAAGCCGAUCCCGAAGGUCAUCGACCCCGCGCUGUACGUGUCGCGUCCCGACGACGACGACUCCGCCGACAAGUAACGCCAUGCCUCUGCUGCAUUACUCCGCACCGCUCCUAGUGUGCUCACUCCUAAUAUUUGGACUUGCUGACUGGUGAAUUAGAGUUAAAAAUAUAACAAAAACAAAAAACUUAUUUGUAAAAAGUGUAAUGAAUUUAUUAUAACAAAAUGUGAGUGUAAAUAGUUAUCGUGAGAUAAGACUUUGAACCUGAAGAGGGUCACUUUUUUAAAGUGUAUAUAAAACGAACAUCGGGACUCGAUUGGUGAUAUGACGCUCUUUGUCCAUAUUGGAUACUGUGCGUUGCACCUUUGUUGAAACAUUAAAUAUUUAUCUGAAUAUCAACUGUAGAGUCUACCUAGAUUUGUAUGAUCUUAACAUGAAUUGUGGUAGACUUUUAACACAAAUGUAAAAUGUAAAAUUUCUACCCAUAUUAUAUUGAGUGAUGAGCUAGCACCAUGUUAAUUUUCGUAUAUAAAAAAACCUUGUCCAUUCCGCAAUAUGGGUAGAAAUAAAAGACUAGCUCUGUCACAUUACAUGUCAUCACAAUCAAGGAAUUUAAUCGUUAAUAAAAGACAGCUUAACAAAAACUAUUUCUGGCCGCUUGAAAUAGUUUUUAUUUCUUCAAGCCGUUUAAGGGAAGCAAUGCUAUGAGUUAAUUUGAAUAUAAAAUGAAAAUGAUCUCUGUAUUAAUAUUGUUUUUAUGGGAUAAUGUUAACACAAUCUUGAUAAGAUUGAUUCAAAUAAACUCAUCACAUUGUUUUGAAAAUAGGUUUUGAAUAAUCUUAUCAGUAUUUUAUUAAUAAGCGGUUUCAGUCACAGACUUGGAAAGUUUAUUGGAUAGACAAGACUUAAUACGGCAUACCUUACGAGCUGGAGAUAAAUAUAUUUUAUAGUUCUUAUCUUGUUUGCAAGAAAGAUUUUCUAAUAUCAAAAUCACAUGUAUGGUAUGCCGGUUGCAGAGUUUUGAUUGGAAUUGUGUAGUCAAUUUAAUUGAGCUUGCUAGAGGAACAGCUGUGACACUAACAAGACAGGGGAAUGAGCUGUUCUGUUACGGCUUGCAGUUACAGUACAUUGCUCUGUCUCAUUUUAAUUUGGAGAGCUUUUAAUUUUUCAUUGCAAUUUUGAAACCUGAAAUUUUUGCUCUCUUUGGGGGGGAUAAAAUAUGUGGAUAUCAAGUGAAGAGUAGGCCAUAAUAAAUCAGUACAACUAAAGCAAUAUUUCACUUAAUCAUAAAACACUGCCUUUUUAUAUAGAAGCUAUACAAUUUAUUUAUGGUAAGAUGUCAUAACUUAGUAAGUAAAUUGGUCUAUUAUUUUGGUUUAAUUUACUGGAUUGUACUUUUAAGUUACAAACUGCUUAUUUUUUAUUUAUAUCAGUUUGUUAAAAAUCAAAAUCUGCGCAAAAAUAUAAGGCCUAAUGUGUAAUAAUAGUAUGGGAUCUGCAAAGUUGUAGGGUAUCCUAUUGUCUGAUUUCUUCAAUGGUGAAUCAAAUCAAUCCCAAUGGAAAUUGUUAAAAAAUGUAACUGUACAAAUGUUGGGUCUUCCAAAUGUUAAAAUUACAUUAAGCAUUGAAUUUUUAACCAUGCCCACAGUUAUCUAUUACGAAUAGACAAUUUUAUUGGGAUUUUUGUGAAAGCAAAUUGUGAUAAAAUAUGAAAAAACUGGAACGUAUAUCAGGUAUAGUCCCAUAGAAUUUAAUAUAGAUCAUGCUUCUACAUUAUGUAUACAUUUUAAUUUAUUACGCUUCGCUACAAUUUGUUAUACAUUUUUUUUUCAAAACAUUGUGUUAAUAUGAGCCAAAAAAUUAAACUCUUCACGUCUA